CUUAGUGCGCGAGAAAAAAAUGUUCCAACAUUUAAAACUGAGAUCAAGCGGUGUCGUCCAUUAAAUCAGUGCUGUUGUGUUUCAGUAGAUCAUAACUGUUGUCUCCUUUUGAAAUUCAUAUUGUCACGCAGGAAGUAAUAUCUUUGAGCUGUGUUGUGUUCUUGAGAUGGAUCUUUGACUUUUACUGAUAGUAAAUACUAGUUUCAAGUAUUUAAGCAACGAAUUGUAUGAAUUUCACGUUGGUUGAAUUUCAUUUGAGACUUCUUACGCUUGAUGGACCCAACGGACUUAGAGUUCGCGUGGAUCUGGAUUUGGAGCCUCGUAUCAGGCUUCAACUUUUACCUCGCUGUUCACGUGUCAAGGGAAGUGUUUAAACUCUUAAAGCCCCGAAUUCAAAGAACUUAAAUUAUACUGGACUGUUGUUUAAAGAGUGCAUUUAUAUCUGGAAUAAGCUUCUAUUGUUCAGGAAUAAUCAGUCUAUCCUCAUCUUGCACUGAGAACUUUUCAAUCAGUGACCGAAGAAAAAUAAACGCGGAAAAUAAUUGAAAGACCUACAAUGUAAGAUAAUGCCCACUAAACCAAAUUUAGAGGACACUAAGUAUAAGACGUGUAAUGAAUUGCACGGUCAUAUUCCCUCGUUUAAAAUUGAUCAUUUCGAUCGAUUCCGUAGCAUUGGAUUAGAGUUCCGUUCUUCAAUCUGGGAGGCAACGAGUUGGUUACCUCUGAAGAUAUGAUUGCCACUUUUUCAACAAUUAGGAUCACUUUCGGACUGAUCUUCAAAUUGAAGGUAAAAGUGCUGGAUGCCUUAGAAAGUGGUAAUCAAUGGACCACUGGACAAGUGGGUCUCCUUAGGAGCUUGCGUUUUUCCGAAAGUUUGGGUUCGAUAGGAGACGGGGGAUUUUCAGCCAAAGCCAUUGUCAGUUUGUCUGGUGGAAAUGCACUGUCAGGUGUUUGGUCGAGCCAAGCUAACCUUCAAACCUUUCGAUGGACUUCGAGAUGGUGAAAUAUUCGUGGACAAGACGUUUUUGAUCCAGAAGUUCCUCUCGGGUCGCUCGCGACAUAUGCUGGUCACUGCCCCUCGUGGUUCUGGAAAAUCCACGUGCUUGGACAUGGUGCGGAAGUUUGCGGAGAUUGAUGUUUUCGCAAAUGGAACCAUGAAGACGGACAAAUGCACGCACAAGAACUAUAAAAUGUUCGCUGAGAUUGUUCCUAGCUCUGGGAAAUUCUUGAACACUUUUCGGAGGAAGAAGUUCUUCGAGAAACAUUUCGGGGAGUAUCCAGUUAUAUUUUUGAAUCUAGAUAUGAUGGGUGUCAAGACCUAUGAUAGGCACUCCUUGACACAGAAGCUCCUAACUGGCCCAAUAAAAGCAGCAUUUGAAGAUCACUCAUACCUGCUGAAAUCUCCAUUGCUAUCGUCUCACGACAAGGAUCGCAUGACGCUAUUCCUGAACCCUACGCAGGAUAUCCUUAGGGCACAUUUUCAAGUGGGGUCUGGACCGCGAGAGGGUAUAGGGCUCUUGAAGAGACUCUUAAAGCAGCACUUUCAAAGAGACACCAUUGCACUAAUUGACAACAUGGACUCGCAACUUCAGGAGCUGAUUUUCGAUCCCAAACAGCAUUCUGACCGUUCUAUGGAGAAACUGUUUGAGGUUGGUGACAUACUAAGAGCUCUGCCUGACUGGGAUUUGCGUGCAAGGGCUGAACCAACCUACAGGACCCUUGCCAUGGGUGUCUUGCAACCAUUCCACGCUUCUAAACUGUACAAAUAUUUUCCAAGAGCUUACGACGAGCUAAUGGAUACAUUUUUUGUCCUAACCGAUGUUGAGGUCACGACACUUCUCCGGACAAUGGCGUUGACGCACUAUAAAGAAAAUAUUAAGGCUUGGUACGGAGGCUUCCACGCUUCAAACGCCUACAAUCCAUUCUCAGUGUUUCGAUUUUUGGCUGAAGAUGACACCAAAGAAUUCAGGCCCUACUGGACUGAAUUGGUCCCUUUAGAAGUUUUUAAACCAACCUUACGACCGGAGUGUUUUGGUCAACAUAUCAUGCUCUGCCUAAGGAAAGGUGAAUUUCCCGAGUCGUGGUGGAAUCCUAGCCAAUUCUGGAUGGACUAUGGUCACGGAACCCUGCCGAACUCAACGAUUCUUCUGCAAGAUCUUCAAAACCCCUCACUCGAAUCACGCUGCACCAAUGGGGCAGCUUUCGAUGUCCUGAAUUUUCUGAACAACUGCGGUUAUUUGAGCUACGAAGGCUUAAAUAUUAAGAGAGCAACGCAUACGUUCAGGGUGCCGAAUUUGGAGGUGAGGCAGUAUUUGAAAAAGUUACUGUUUGACGCAAUAGCGGAGAAUUCCCCUUGCCAUUGUAACUAUAACUUCAGGGUUGACAUAUUUAAAGGUUUGACCGGGAUCGAUGGGAUGCGCAAAUUCACGGAGACUUUGAUCACACUCCUCGUCCUGUCGGAGCACCACAGCCAACCGAAUAGGACCAAGGAACUAUUCGCCCAUACAGUGAGGGUUCAUCUGCUAAACCCUCCUCCACAGUGUCUUGUUCCUUACGUGAAAACGGGGCCAUCAGAUCAGGAAUGGGAAACCGAGAAACCUUCCAUCUUUGAUCUAGUAUUUGUGGCGGGGAAUAAAAAAGUUGGGUUUGCCGUUAAGGUCCAGCUUGGAGGAGCGGAGCCACCCGCGAGAGUUUCCAGUACAGAGGGUCUUUUGACUUUUGAAUCAGAGCUACAAAAUGAGGUCGAGAAUGUGACAAAGAAAGUGAUCGCGAAUCUUUGGUGUGGAGAAACAUGGUGCGUGUUGAGUUAUUCGCACAAAGCCCAAAAUGACAAACCUAAAUGCGGAGCGUUUCGUAUCGAGAAGAGAAAUAGAUGGCAACCAGAAAUUACGCUUCAGGUAUCAAGAGACUCAACAUCAAAGCCACUUUACAAUCUUAACGGCUCUUUUUCACUGAAAAAUAAUACAAUUCGAACGACAACCACAAAUUUAAACACAUAUAACUAACAUUUUUGAACUGUGCUCCGUGUAUGAUAUCAAAUGGAUAAAACGUCAUUGUGUAUGGUAGUUAAAAGGUACUUCAUUUUUUCAAGACCUUUUAGUGGGCAAAACAUAGUUUUUUAGGUUGUCAAAACACAUUCGCAGAUUUGGCACACCGCUUAGUUGAGGACGUGAUACUUGUGGCGGAGCUCGCAAUGUAAACGAGUUGGUCUGAAAUAUUCAUAUUUUUAUGAAAUCUUUAUUGUAUUUCAAUUGUGUAAAUAAAUAAAAACUUCAGAUUCUUUUUAA